AUGGCUACAACUUCUGCUGACUCUUCUUAUGACGAUAUCAAACGUAAAAGGGAACGAGAAAAUUCAGACAUUAGAAAUAAAGAGCCUGUUGAGAAUCAGUCGGACUCUUCAGAUGUUGAUAAAACCGUGCCAUCAAAAAAAAAACGACAUGACGAUGUUAUCGAAAAUAUGCAAGAAAUUCCUAAAACGCUUAAUGAAACGACUGAACCCAUGAGAACUCUGCAAAAAAAGGUAGAAACGAUGAAAGUUGGUGCCGUUUAUGUAAAUGAACCGAUUGAUUCAUCAUCAGUUGGUGAUAAUAAUAUGAAAAUUGAUAACGAAGACCGAAAGGAACUUAUAGAAGGUCGUUCUUCUGAGGAUGAGGAUAUGAAUUAUGAGGAAAUAAAAGAAAUUAUAGCGAAUUUACCCGACGAAAAUAUACAAGUUUUAGAUGAUUCAAAAUCGUUUACUUCUUCGAAAAAACUUGCAGUAAAUGAGUUGGAUGUGGAUAACGAUGUUUGUAAAGAAGAAAAACCAACUAGUGCAUCGGAAAAUAAACUUUUAAUAUUGGAUGAUAUUGAAAAACCUAGGGAAGAAAAAAAAGCACAAGACACCGAAGUAAUUGUAAAGGAAUCAAGCAUCCAAACUACUGAAGACAACAUAGACACUGCUAUUGUACAAGAAGCAUCACAAAAAAUUAAAAAUUCAACUGAAAAAUUAGAAAAGACAAGAGAACCGACGGAGUCUGAAGCUAAAGAGGAAGAGUCUAGAAAAGACGAAGAAAAGACUCAAAAUGAAAGAACACCGAGUCAGAGUAUUAAAGUGUUCGGAUCUAGUACAUCGAGUCAAAGUACCAAAGUGUUUGGAUCUAGUACAUCGAGUCAGAAUACAAAAGUAUUUGGGUCUUCAUAUACUCCGAUCACUAGAAUAUUUGGUAGCGGUGUCGAAUUUUCAGCUCCAUCAUCAAAGCCUUUGGGGUUCUCAAGUUUUGCAACCUUAACUCCUCAGCAAAAUACAUUUGGUUCCG